AUGUCAGAAGGUCUGCCGCUCACAGUGGCGUCAGCAUACUUCCCUCCGGGGAGAACAUGCGCAACCUCGCCACUUGACACGCUUUUGGCGAGAAGCGGAACUCACCUCAUUGGUGCAGAUGCUAAUGCGCAUGCAAUGGCAUGGUAUCGUGCGAUCUCCCCUGAUACCCGUGGCGAUGUGCUAGUACAAUGGUGCUUAGAUAAUGACUAUGUUAUUCAUAACACUGGCGAUUGCACUCGCCACACCACACGCCAUGGCCUGUCCGCGCCAGAUGUGACACUGUCCCGCGAAUGCCGUCUAGAGUCAUGGACGGCAUCUUUCUCCCCGGACAGCGAUCAUUACAUCACACCCUUCGGCGUAGUAGUAGGAGAUGGUGAUGACGAACCACUGCGGUUCCCUCGCCCUCGCGCACCCAUUUAUGCAUGGAAGAAAGCGAAAUGGCCUCGCUUUAGACAAAUGUCAAACGCACAGUGCAGUAAACGCCUUAAAGAGAAAAUGAGCGUUCACAAGAGAGAACGCCUACUGACCUCCGCCAUCCGUAUCGCAACGGCUGCGGCGGUUCCACGCGGAGGUCGAGACACCACUCCUUUUUGGACUCCCGAGUUAGAGGAAAUCGAAGGGAAGAUUCACAAUUGUAAACCUUCUGUCUCUAGAGACAGAUUAGUAGCUCGCAGAAGGAAAUGCUACGACAAGCAUCCCAUAAGAGAUGGAAAACCCUCUGUAAUAACAUGGCCGUGGCAGACGGCUGCUGUUGGAACAUUCUGA